AUGGUAUAUAUGCCGAGCCAUGUCCAUGGCUGCCGCUAGCCUGCUGCUACCAGUACCUUGAUUGGUAGCUGGCCAUGGACGUGAGCUUCGUCUGCUCAGGGGAGGAGCCUUUCAAGAUGGAGGUGGGCUUCUUCGACACCGUCGAGGACAUCAAGCGAAAGCUCCAGAGCUGCCGGGGCUGGCCCGCCGCCGCCAUGUUCCUCGUCCACAACGGCAACGUGCUUGCGGAGGCUGGCGGCGACGGCGGCAGCGGCACGGAGAGGUACGGCAUCGUGGAGGGCUCCGUCAUCCACGUCGUCCUCGACGGGCGGCUGCAGAACAAGAAAGAGGAGAAGAGCAAGAGGCGGGGCGAGGGCUCGCCGACGCUGCGGGUGACCGUGGUGUCGCGGUGCGGCGCGGGGCGCGUGGAGGUGGCCGUGGGCGCGCGCGCCGCGGUGUCGGCGCUGAGGGCGGAGCUGGAGCGCGCGCGCGGGGAGGAUGGGUUCCCGCUUCCUCGCGACGGCGCCUACUUCUUCAUACACCGGCAGAACGUGAUGGAUGAGGCGCGGUCGUUCGAGUGGCACGGCGUGGCUACCGGCGACGAGGUGGUCGUGUUCGACGGCUCCGUGACGAGGGCCCCCGCGUGCUGAUCAAAAACAAAACCGGCUUGCUGCAGACAUCCAUUCUGCGGCCGUUAACUCGAGUUUACAAUUAACUCAACUCAAAAUCGACAACUCAUUUAAGCUGCUGCUAUUACGAGUUUACAACGAACUCGAGAUCGAUUCGUCGAUGGCAUUCAAUUCUUGUGCACGCAUGCAUGCAUGGCUGCAAGCCU